AUGGACGAAGCAGAGGAGCAGCCGCAGCCGGACAGCCUGGACGGCUGGGUGGCCAUCAAGGAGGACGCCUUCGGGCAGCCCGAGCCGCCGCAGAAGCUGCGCUUCCUGGUGGCCUGGAAUGGCAUCGAGAGCAAGUUCGCGGUGACCUGCCACAACCGGACCUUGCAGGAGCAGGCGGCCGAGGCCGGAGGCGGCGGCGUUGGCGGCCCGCAGCAGAUGAGCUGGGCCGGCCUCUUCUCCCCGCAGGCCCUGCAGGGCGUCCACCGCCAGCUGUCGGCCUUGGCCCCGCAGCUGGAGCCCUGCCUGCCCGCGCUGCCCGCGGCGCUGUCCGGCCAGAGCGGCCUGUGGGCGCUGCUCUUCCCCGGCUGCCCGGUGCUGGCCGAGGCCGAGCUGGAGGCGCUGUGCCGCCGCCUGGAGAGGUACCUGGGCUGGGCCUUGGAGGCGUGCGGCCGCAAGGCGCUGCUCGACUCGCUCUUCGCCCACGACCAGGACGAGGAGGACGAGUACUUCGAGAACUUGCAGGAGUUCCGCAGGAAGGCGCUCAAGGGGCGGCUCAGCGGCGCCAAGGAGGCCUUGCGGAGGGUUCUCUACCAGCACAAAGAUGCUGACAAGCUGGUCGCUUUGAUGGAGCUCUACAAGGAGGAAGAUGAUGCUUAUUGGGAGCUGGUUACCGUGGCAACCGAAUUCUAUCAAUAUUUGCUGCAGCCGUUUAGGGAUAUGCGUGAGCUGGCAACUUUAUACAGACUGGAGAUCCUGAAAUCCUUGCAAGCUGACAGGCUGGGUCCUAAAAGGAUUGAGGCCCUGAAGAAGGAGGCGGAGGAGUGGACAGAUCAGGCUGAAGAAGCUGUCUGCUCCAUCCAAGACAUCACGGUUGGUUACUUCAAGGAGACAGUGAUGGCCCUGGCAGCGAUGCAAAAGCAAAUGGAGCAGGACCGGAAGCGCUUUGGCCAAGCUGCCUGGGCCACGGCUUCUCCCAGGUUAGAAAACUUGAAGUACCUGUUGGCGAAGGAGACUCUGCAGCACAUGAGGGCCAAAGAGCUGUGCCUGAACCACAAGAGAGCGGACAUCCGGAAGCAGAUGGAGGCCCUGCACGAGCAAGAAAAUGACAUGGCUCGAGUCGAGGAGCUGGAAAUAGAAUAUUAUGAAACUCAGCUGGAGCUGUAUGAGGUGCAGUUCGAGAUCCUGAAGAAUGAAGAAAUGCUGCUUAUUACACAGUUGGAGACUUUAAGGAGGCGGAUGAAAGAGAUCCAGGAUGAAGUAGUUUAUUAUGACACAUGUGAAAACCCUGAUGAGCUCGAAGCCACUGAGCAAGUCCUGGAAGAAACCCGUGUGCCUUCCUCUGAAAUCGCUCAACUGAGGCAGAAGACCCAGCAGUUGGAGACAAAGCGUGGGAUUAUCUGCUCAAGGAGAGCUUACCUCAGAAACAAAAAGGAUCAAUGUGAAGAGAGCCGCCACGCCCGGCUCCAGCAGGCUCAAGAGAGCUCACGGCAUUUCCAGCAACAUCACAGCAUCCAGAUUAAAAGAGACAAAAGGAAAGAGGACGAGAAGAAGAAGAAAGCGUGGAUAAAGCAGGAGCGAGAGAAAACCCUAGAGAGGCUCAAGACGUUCAAAGAGAAAUGCCCAGCGCAGUUUGUGCUGAAGACUUCCCGGUCGCAGCCGUUGAACGCCAAGCAGCCCCAGGGCACCUCCCGUCGGACUCCGGCCGGUGCCCCACAGAUGCCCUCGACAAGCAAGAUGCCCUCGGCCAAGACCUCCCGGCCGGCACAAGCCAAAGGCUUCAAAGCGCUGCGGCAGAAGCCCUUGAAGGAUAUCCCUGUCCAGAUUUUUGCCUCUCCGCCACCCGGCCCUGAGCAGCAAGGGAAGAGCAACGGGGGGCCGCCACUGUUGCCUCCCCCGCCGCCUCCCCCGCCCCUGCCGCCGCUUCCCCCACCAUCAAACCACCAGCCUCUUUGCUUAAGGACAGGAGCGCAAAUCGGCGAGAAGCCUCUGCCCCUCUUGUGCAAAGACCCUCCUGGGAGAAGUGGCUCUCCGGAGAAGGCAGACGGGACGUCCAGGCGCACGGCAAACGAUUAUGCAGGAUCCAUGGACGAGGUUUUGGCAUCGCUGAAGCGUGGCGAAAUCCUUCUCCGCAAAGUGGAACCGCCCCGCCAGGCGCCAUCAUCCACCUCCUCCCUCAACGACAGUAUCCUCGCAGCCAUACGGCAGGGGGUUAAGCUGAGGAAAGUGACGCAGGAGCCCAAGCUGGACACGGAGAAAGGGCACUCCAGCAGCGAACUGGAGAGGAGCAUAAAGGCAGCCAUGCAAAGGAUCAAGAAAGUGUCUGCCGAUUCGGAAGACGACGAAAACGACCACAACAGCGGCGAAUGGAAUAGUUAACGGGCGCGGGCUUUCAAACUGCGUUCUGGGGUUUCCUUCGGAAAGUUACUGAGGGUUCCCCUUAGAGAAGAAGGUAACUACUGGCGAACACGCUCAGUUCACGCAGUGCAGCAAUGAGGUCCACCUGCUCUGGCCUGGGUCCUGCAUUAACGCCCUGGAACUUGUCCCAGAAUCCCUUGCAAGCACACUGGAGUUCUGGGCCAGAUAAGUUCAUGUAGAAAUGUGCCAGUGUGUCCCACACCCCCUGGAUUUAGGAAGUUUGAAAAAUCACAUGUUUGACUCUAUUCAGGUCAACCAGUUUACUGACAUGGGACAUUAUGCUUUUAUGGAAUUUUGCACAUUUUAAAGGAAAUGUAUUGGCCUCUUCUUAGGAAACAGAGGACUCUGUGUUUCCAGUGAUUUGCCUACCAAAAAUAACGCUUCAGAACUGUGUGUUUGUUUGUUUUUAAAGAAAAGCUGCCCCCUUGUUUUUGUUCCCAAGUCAUUUUUUU